AUGGAGAACUCAAAGAUAUUCACUAUCUGGUGGUCAGCAACAGAGACUGCUCAGUCGAUUGAAGAGAAGAAAAAUCACAGCUCAAAUCAAGCUGUCAAGAACUGCCACUCAGAUUUCUGGGUUCAAUAUGAUCAAGCAGCUGAGAUUUCAAGUAAUAAUCCAGUAAUGAUUUGCAAGAAUUGUUGGGUGGUCCUCGCAGGUAUACAUAACCAUCCCAUUCCGCAUGGCAGAGGAAUUGCAAAGGGCGAAGAGUUGAGCACUGUGGAUUCAAUGGCGGGAUACCGACUUUUCUAUGACUUCCCUCCGAUAUUUUUUGGACCGACCUUGAUUAUCGGCAAACCAUACGUUGGCAACAAAUCCCUAGAAAGGGGAGGUGGUGGACUAAACAUAUGCUUUGUCUGA